AUGGAUUUCAACUUCACAUCCGCACGUCAGAAGGGUACCAGCGAACGAGAAGAAAUAGACGAAGAGAUAGAAACCCUGCUCAAACGAGUCCGAUCGCUGCGCGAACGCCGCAACACUCUGGCACCCGUCUCGUGCCUUCCUUCGGAGAUACUGUCCUUCAUUUUCUGCAUCUGUGUGCACGACUCAGAGGCGGAGGCGGACACCCGGAAAUUCCCCCGAAGUCAUGCGUUCUCACAGGUGUGCCAGUUCUGGAGGGAGGUUGCUCUUGAUACUGCUGCCAUCUGGACCAUGGUGCCUCGCAACUCCUUGGAACUUACCGAAACGUUCUUGUCGCGGACAAAAGGUGCCUCACUGUCUUUCAUGAAAUCGAAAGAUGAACGUCCAAACGAUGAGGCCGUGAGGGCUAGUUUGCAGCAGCUCAGUCGCACACAAUCGCUCACACUAUAUGCGGACCCGGACAUCGCCCAGUACGCCGGCAAUCUUUCGGUUCCCGCUCCUCAUCUCGUUCAGUGCACGAUUACAUCAACCGCUACAAGCCGUCUUCCGGAUCGAUUUCUAGGUUUACAUGCCCCUCGACUUCGUACCUUGUCUCUUCGCGGGUUUGGUUGGGACGUGUUGCACUCUCCACUCGUUCACGGCUUGACGGAUCUGAACCUGGAUGGCAUACCCAUGGACUCAUUCCCCCGCGGAGAACAGCUAGUCGCGGCUCUCAAAUCUAUGCCUGACCUAACAAAACUCGCUCUCAAAGCGGCUUGGCCGCCGCUUGAAGAGCUCGCAGGUCCUUUGCGCGACGUGCCCAGAAAUGUCGUGGUGCUGGAUCGCUUGACGUCUCUCGAACUCUCCGCUGCUGGGUCCUACGUUUCCCACCUUCUAGCCUUCAUCAGGGUUCCUCCUACGGCCUUCCUGUCGGUUGAAUUUCUCCGCGAACGCACGCCCUGCGAUUUCUCUUCAUUGAUGGACAUGCUCGCAAACCAUGGUACAUGCCACAAGAACGGGCCACGCGUGUGGCAUCUAGUCUUCGGGUUCACAUUUGAUGACGAAUCGCACUGCGAACUCGCCGCGCAUACUGCACUCGUGACGUCGAGAUUCACACCUGCUUUACUCCGCGUCGCCGUUCCAUCCGAGCACAAGCAAACCCUCGCCGACAUCGCCUAUGCCAUACGAGGCGACGACAUCGAAUGCUUGGAAGUGGAGUUCUCGCAUCCUGAGGUCCACGAUUGGGCUACCUUCGCCACUCAGCUUCUGGUUCGCGGUGAGCGCGCAAAAGAGCUGCGCGUAGACUUCAUCGACACCUCCAAGACGGUGAUUCCUCUUCUCCUUGCGCCAUCCCCCGUCCUGCUACCUGCACUGCAACGAAUUCAUUUCAAUCUGGCUUCCCAAGCGCCAUCUUCCGAAGCGAUCGCUUCCUGGCAGGAACUCCUCCUACAGAGGUACAAAACCUCGAACACCAUGUUGGAAGUUGAGUUCUCGGAAGUAGCAAGGCUCAAAGACGAAGUGAUGGACAGUAUUUGCAAGAUUACUGGACCAGGUCGUGUGUUCCUAGUUGAUGGCGAUCGACGCGAGGCUUGGUGA